GGAAAUGUUUGGGAGUGAAAAGAAUUGCUCUGGAAAAAUACCUGACAGCAAUUCCCACACACAUGUGGAGUUGUGUGAGGUAUAUGUGUGAGGGGAGGGAGAAAAAGAGAGAGUAUCUGUGAAAGGACACUCCUCUUCUUUAUGUGUCGAGUAAACUCCUUUCCCACUUUGUCUCUUCUUGUCCACCAUCAUGGCUUUUGGUGGGAAAUAUGAGCUGGAGAGUCAAGAAAACUAUGAGGAGUUUCUGGAAGUCAUUGGUAUUCAACAUUUUUAUUGAGUCAUGAGCUACAGAUAGAUCAAUUUAACUUUUCAUACAUUAACAGUUAUUUCUCUGGUUGGAAUUUGUACCUUUACAGGGCUGCUCAGUGCCAAGACGGACCACAAGGUGAUCACAGAAGUAGUUCAGAAUGGGAACGACUUCACCUGGACACAAAGCAUUCCCAACUGGAACUGGAGCAAUAAGUUCAGCGCCGGACAGGAAUGUGAGCUGACGACGAUGGCAGGGUCCACAUUCAAGGUGAGUAAAAGACACGCACAGAAAAAUAAGAUCCGGAAAAAAAUCAAGCAUAUUUUUACAAGUUAUCGUAGUGCAUUUAUGUGAUCAGACUCAGUUUAUGACCUGUGUCCUUAAAGGCACUUGUGACUCUGGACAACGGAAAGAUUUCGGUGCCGUUUCCUAAGUACAACUUUACAGCAGAGAUCAUUGAUGACAAAUUAGUGAUGGUAAGACGCAAACAAAUCACACUUUAAAAACUAUUAUUUUAUUAUUAUUUUAAAACUGUAUGGUGUCUUUAAUAUUUUAAUUCUUUCCAUAUUUCUGUUCUUUUUCCUCUUUGUGUUCAACAAACCAUUUCCACUAGAACUGCACAACUCCAGGAGAGAAGGGCGUGACUCUUAAAAGAGUAAGCAAGAGAAUCUGACACUGCAGGACUUGACAUGCUUCAAUAGAAGAGAGGGAACAGGAGCUAAAAACACUCCCGGAAAUGUAGAUUACUCAAGCACAAGGAAACAGUAACCGCCUGUAGAGA